AUGGCGUACCGAGCCCCCAAAUGGUCAGCGUCUCCUGUACAUCGUAAUCGCCACGCGAAGCUGCAGGUACACGAGGGAAGCGAAAGCGCAGAGCACUUUCCCGUUGGCGCCCAGUCGUGCUAUGUGCUCGGCCGCAGUGAGGAGAUGAGCGACAUUCGGCUGCCCCAUCCGUCCGUCUCUCGUCGACACGCAGUCGUCACGCACGACCAGCGCGGGCGCAUUUGUCUCAUGGACUUGGACUCGGCCCAGGGCACUUUUGUGAACGGCCAAGAGAUCGCGCCACACAAACCUCGAGCGCUGCACGACGGUGACCGUAUCACUUUGGGGGCCAGCUCCAAGACGUUUGUCUUUCGAAAUGCAGUUGUUGACGAUAAAGCAAAGGGGCAGGACGAGCGCGUGCUUCCAGGAGCAGCUAGUCGAAACCCUGAACUGCAGCAAAUGAUGCGCGAGAUGCAGAGCUUUGGAAACAAGAAGAGACACAAGAAACACGACGAUCGAGAGCUGUUGGUGGCCAGUGAGGCCAAAGCUGAGGAACGACAGAAGAGACAAGCUGAGAUCGCAGCGAUGACUGCUCAAAUGAUGCAAACACCUGCUGAAGUUGCUACAAACGUUAUUGCCUCGGAAGAGAAGCGAGUGCGAGACAAUAGCGGCGAGGAAAGCAGCUCAGCAGAACAUGAAAGCGAGGGUGACAACGAAGAUGACAAUGACGUUGCCCUUCGAUAUGGCUUGCCCAAGUCUCACGAAGUUGUUCUUGAGAGCCACAUCAAAGGACUUGCUUGCGUUGCUGUGGAUCUGCCUGGCGCUAGGGUGGCCACCGGGUCCACAGAUUACCACGUCAAGUUGUGGGACUUUGCAGGUAUGGCACGUCACGUCCGCCCAUUCCGUGAUGUUGAGGUGGACGAGGGCCACCCGGUUGUGGCUGUGAGCUACAGUCCUUCCGGAGAUCGCUUGCUAGUGGUCACCGGAUCAUCGCAGCCAAAGGUAAUUACACGUGAGGGAGUGGAGGAAGUGCAGUUUGCAAAGGGAGAUAUGUAUGUUGUCGACAUGGCUAACACCAAUGGACACACGCACACAGCAACUGGUGGCCAAUGGCAUCCGAAAGUACGCGAGCAAAUGAUAACGAGCUCAUUAGACGGUACAGUUCGAUUGUGGAACCUCGAGGGUAAACAGACGUUCAACAAGCUCGUCAAUACGUCCGUGUUCAAGUUGAAGGACCGCCGGGGUCGACGCUGCGGAGUAACAGCCUGCCGUUUCAACCCAGAAGGUGGGCUAAUUGCAGGAGCCACCAUGGACGGUCAAGUGCAGUGCAUCGAUCCGCGCAAGGCUUAUGCUGGGGCUGCAAUUGUUAUUCGUGAUGCACAUGCGGACGGUGGGGGUGGUGUCGGCGUUUCUUCGAUUCGAUUUUCGCCUGACGGCAAAUUGAUGGCAUCCCGAUCCUGCUCGGACGACACUGUAAAGAUCUGGGAUAUGCGUAAGACCAAGCAGAGUUUGAAGGUGUUCCAUGGCAUUGAGGGCGUCUUUGGGACAUGCAAUCUUGCUUUUAACCACAGCGGUACGGCCAUCGCUGCUGGAACUUCUGUUCAGAAGGGCAAGGGCCUGCAUGGACAAGUCUUGUUCCUGGAUGUGCAUACACCUGGCCUCCUGGAGCCCGUCGCCCGCAUUGACAUGAAGGAAGACGAAAGCGCAGUAUGUGUGGAGUGGCACCACGGUAUAAAUCAGAUAUUUGUCGGCAGCUCUACGGGAGCUUGUCGAGUUCGGUAUGACCCGCGACAAAGUACCAAGGGUGUUCUCUUGAGUGCUACAAAGAAGCUGAAGGCACAAGGCAAUGACUCGGGAGUGCGCAUUGACAGCGCCGGCAAAGUGUACACGCCGCACGCGCUACCUAUGUAUCGUGAUGAUACUCCAGGGUCGCACAAGCGAAAAUUCGAGAAAGUGCGUGCGGACCCAAAGAAAUCUCAUGCGCCCGAGAGGCCCAUGACGGGUCCAGGCAUGGGUGGUAAGAUCAGCGGCAGUACUACUUUCACGCAGUACUUCAUGAGUAGUCAUAUCAAGUCUUCGUUCCGAGAGGAAGAUCCGCGACAGGCGAUUUUGAAGUACGCGAAGGAGGCAGAAACGGAUCCCCAAUUCUUUGGGGCCGCUUACAGCAAGGAGAAGAUGGACCCGCGCUACCAGCUUGCGAAGCAGACUGUUGAAGAGGAAAAGCUUGCAAGAGAGGAGGAAGAUCGGCGACUAUUGCAGCCAUAG